AUGGAUAGCACAGCAUACAACUACAGCACCGGUAUAGCAACCAACAACACGGGCGGCAAUAGCAUUAGCGGUGCUAGCAGCAAUAACCGUGUCAUCUUAAAUGUCGGUGGAGUUCGUCACGAAACGUACAAAUCGACACUGAAAAAAAUUCCCGCCACUCGACUAUCACGGUUGACCGAAGCACUGGCCAAUUACGAUCCCCUCCUCAACGAGUACUUCUUUGACCGACACCCGGCAGUGUUCGCCCAAGUGCUCAAUUACUACCGGACCGGGAAGUUGCAUUAUCCGGUGGAUGUCUGCGGUCCCUUGUUUGAGGAGGAGCUGCAGUUUUGGGGGUUGGAUUCCAAUCAGGUUCGUCGCCUUUACAUUCUCUUCGUGCUUUAUGGCCUUCGCGGGGCUCAAUUGGAACAAAAUAAUUCAGUUUUUUAA